AUGUGGGAAACUGACUCCGACACAGGAUCCCGCAGCGCGUCUUCGGACGGGCUGCGGCGACGUCAAGGAUGGGAUCCGGAGGGAGAGAGUUUGGCUUCGCAGAUGGACGAACUAGAUGAAGUACUCGCAGAAGAAGAGGAUGGGUGUCCAUUGCCCUCUACACCAGAGGACCAACACCUGCUUGACGCUGAAAUGGCCGAAGUACUGAAAGCAGGUGUUCUCUCAGACGAAAUUGACCUUGGUGCAUUGGCCCAUAAUGCUGCAGAGCAGGCUGAAGAGUUCGUUCGUAAGGUGUGGGAGGCGUCAUGGAACGUUUGCCACUUCAGACAUCUGCCGAGGUGGCUGCAAGACAAUGAUUAUCUUCACAAAGGACACAGACCGCCGCUGCCGUCAUUUAGCGCAUGUUUUGGGUCUAUAUUCCGUAUCCAUACAGAGACGGGCAAUAUCUGGACACAUCUGCUCGGUUGUGUGGCGUUCAUUGGAGUGGCUAUAUAUUUUUUGUCGCGCCCGUCGAUUGAAAUACAAAUGCAGGAGAAAGUGAUAUUUGGAGUAUUUUUUGUAGGUGCCAUUGUGUGCCUUGGGUUUUCCUUUGCUUACCACACCCUUUACUGCCAUUCGGAGAUGGUCGGCAAAUUGUUUUCAAAGUUGGAUUACUGUGGCAUUGCCCUUUUAAUUAUGGGUUCAUUUGUUCCAUGGUUGUACUACAGUUUCUACUGCCACUAUAGACCUAAAAUCAUAUAUUUAUCUGUAGUGGUAGUUUUAGGAAUUUUGUCUAUCAUAGUUUCUCUUUGGGAUCGGUUCUCAGAGCCUAGAUUGAGACCUCUCCGAGCGGGAGUGUUCAUGGGUUUUGGUCUGUCAGGUAUAGUUCCUGCGAUUCACUAUGGCAUUACAGAAGGAUGGUUUAGUCAAGUAAGUAAAGCAUCACUCGGUUGGCUAGUGCUGAUGGGCCUGUUAUACAUAUUGGGGGCCAUGUUCUAUGCCCUACGUGUUCCAGAGCGAUGGUUCCCAGGGAAAUGUGAUAUCUGGUUCCAGUCCCAUCAAAUAUUCCAUGUUCUUGUGAUUGUGGCUGCAUUUGUCCAUUACCAUGGUAUCAGUGAGUUAGCCUCCUACCGUGUAACAGUAGGGGAAUGUUCCAUGCCUCCAUCAUCAAUUGCAUUCUAA